AAUCAACAUUUUUAAACAAAAAAUAUUUUUGCAAUCAGUUGGGCAGGGUAAGUAGAGGAACUGGUUCUCCCAUUUACUGACUUUUUAUUUAGUGUACAUGAUGGUGUACUAUUUUUAGCUGGACGUGAUCGAGGGAACGCCCGACCUGGGCGUGACCUCUUACUGGACCGACGCCGAGGGUAACGUGGUGUUUGGUGCCAACACUCCCGAGGACAAGAUGAAAACGACCGUCACGGGGAUGCGGAAAGACUCCAGAGCGGCAAUUGAGAAGAUGGACAACUUGACCAAGAAGCCAGAAGAAGAAGAAGUCACCGUUGAAGAUGUUGGUGAUCAAAUAGAUUUAGCCUGAACUUCAGGACAAAACAGAUUGUUUGGAGUGUGGUCACGGAACAAAUUCCACAUGUAUCUCAAGGCACCGCUCUUCUUAUAUGUUUCAACAUGUACCUCUAUGCUUUUAUAUGUGCAAAUGUAUAAUUUCACAUUCUUUUUUUCCACUUUCCUAUAUGGUUUGUGUUGCUUGGACUGUUUUCAUCUGUCAUCAUCGCUCUAAUAAAUAAAAAAAGGAAAAAAUAGAAGAAAAUGUUAAAGGAAAUUUUAGUUGCAAGUCAAAAGCCACCUAGUAUUAAAUUCAAUUUAAAGCCAAAUCUAUUUUAAACAUACGCGAUAGCCGCGGUGACGUCACCACACCGUUCGCGUCACGUGCUGAAUUCGCUGCUAUCGGGGAUUGAGAAGAUUUAAAAAGAACCCGAGGUGGAGGACAAGAACGCAGCGGCAGGUGGUCCUCCAAGACAGGCGGCCAUCAGAAUGAACUACGUGGGUCAGCUGGCAGGCCAGGUUCUGGUAACCGUUAAGGAACUCUACAAAGGUAUCAAUCAGGCCACGCUGUCGGGCUGCAUUGACGUGGUGGUGGUGCGGCAGCCCGACGGAUCCUUCCAGUGUUCCCCCUUCCACGUACGCUUUGGAAAAUUGGGAGUACUGCGCUCUAGAGAAAAAGUGAUCGACAUAGAAAUAAAUGGAGAAGCGGUGGAGUUGCACAUGAAGUUGGGAGACAACGGUGAGGCUUUCUUUGUCCAGGAGAUAGAACAAUGCGAUGAGAUGGUCCCAGCCCACCUGGCGACCUCGCCCAUCCCCACAAACGACGCCCUCAUCAAGAACCAAGGUCGUCCCCUCAGUUGCCCGGAAGAGGCGGGGGGGAGGAAGCGGAAACGGCGGCGGCGGAAGCACAAGGCCGAGCCCCGCAAGGAGGAUCAGAGCCGGCCAGUAGGGGGCGAGCUGGAGCUUCGUGGGCUCAGUUCGGAUGAGGAGAUAACCUCAUGGGCAUCGGCAACAACAAAGGACAACUUUGGAUGUUCCCCGGCCACCAGCCUCGAGUGGGACAGCUACCCCUUCUCCGAUGGUGACUGGCCCCCCUACAUGAACGUGUUGUCUGAGUCGGCAUCGCCCAACAGCGACUCGGAGCUGAUGGUGAAGACAACCUUCAGAGUUGAGGCCCACAUGCAGUGGAGCUGGGGCGAGUUCCCGGAAUCCACAAGGGUGACCAAAAGGGAGAGCUCUGAUCCAAAGGUGCUGACGAUCACCCCCUCGGAGAAUACGCAUUUCCGGGUUAUCUCUGGCCAAGAACACCAGAAUGAAGAUCUUCUCUGCAGCAUUGUCAAACCCCAAGCCCAGAAAGCUGACGUCAGCGGGAAAGUUCCUCGCAAGCUCAGGUGGAGCUCGACUCCGCCUCGCCACAGUGUGAGGAAGAGGAGUCAACAUCAGGGACCAGAAGACAUCUACCUGGACGACCUGAGCGCACUUGAACCCGACGUCAUCGCUCUUUAUUUCCCCAAGAGCGAGUCGGACCAGGUUUCGAGGUCCUGGACGGAGACGACUGCGGCGGGCGGCGGUGGCGGGAGUCACGGGGAUAGCGGGGCGGAGUGUCUUUCCGACUCAGCCGCCGACCUGCCCGACGUGGCGCUGUCGCUUUGCGGCGGCGGGAGCGCUGACUCGGAGAUCGACGGCGGUAAGCGGCAACACCGGCGCCACCUGUGGGAUGACAAUGGAAGACAACAAAUUGUGCACAUGCAGAAAAAUUCCUGGAAUACAAAAUCGGCUAUCAUGACUUCGCGGAAAACCCCGCACUCAUCGAUGAUCCCAAUUUGGUGGUUCGGAUUGGACACAGGUAAGAUUACCUUGCUUGAAACUUGGUUGUGUCAAUCACGAUCGUCAUUCGAUCUCUCUCGCAGAUAUUACAACUGGACACUGGCGGCACCGCUCAUCCUCAGUAUGCAGGCUUUUCAGAAGAACCUCCCAAAAGCCACAGAAGAAGCCUGGGUGAGGGACAGGAUGCCUAAAAAGUCAGGGCGAUGGUGGUUCUGGAGGAAGAGCAGCGUCAAGCAGUUGUCCACAGAGAGCAAGCUGGAGCCGCAGAAGACUUUGACCAAUGAGAGUCCAGCUCCGGACACGGACCCUAAAGCACAAGAGAAAAUCUCGGAGUGGUCGAGCGACGACGAAAGCAAAGAGCUCAACGACGUGACCGCCGGUCCCGCCUACAGGAAGUCCCUGCGCCUGUCAUCGGAGCAGAUCGCGGGUCUGAAGUUGAAGGCGGGUCCCAACGACGUGACCUUCAGCAUCACCACUCAGUACCAGGGAACGUGUCGCUGCCAGGGGACCAUCUACCUGUGGGACUGGAGCGACCAGGUGGUCAUCUCAGACAUCGACGGCACCAUCACCAAGUCAGAUGUGUUCGGUCACAUCUUGCCUCAGCUGGGCAAAGAUUGGACGCACGAAGGCAUCGCCAAGCUCUACCACUCCGUGCACCAGAACGGUUACAAGUUCCUGUACUGUUCGGCGCGGGCCAUCGGCAUGGCGGACAUGACGCGGGGGUACCUGCAGAGGGUCAACGACAGGGGCACGCUGCUGCCCCGGGGGCCGCUGCUGCUGGCGCCCAGCAGCCUCCUCUCGGCCUUCCACAGAGAGAUGAUCGAGAAGAAACCCGAGAAGUUCAAGGUGGAAUGCCUGUCGGACAUCGGGAAGCUUUUCUCGGCCGGCGAGCAACCCUUCUACGCCGCGUUCGGCAACAGGGAGAGCGACGUGUUGGCCUACCGGCAGGCGGGCGUGUCCGUCUGCCGCAUCUUCACGGUGAACCCCAAGGGCGAGCUGAUCCUGGAGCAGAGCAAAGGCAACAAAACCUCGUACUCGCGUCUGAGCGAGCUGGUGGAUCACGUGUUCCCGUUGCGUGGCCGCCAACACGCCGCCGCCUUCUGCUGCCCUGACUUCAGCGCCUUCUCGUACUGGAGGCAGCCCGUCACGCACGCCUGCUUGGAGGAGCUGCUGUGACGACGGACGCUUGUUCUCGCUCAUCUUCACUUUGUUGCUCAUUUUAUGGAGUUGAAAACAACACGGAUUGUAUAUGUGAAAGGGACGUUCGUCGCGUGAGCGGAUCUCAUGCAUUUGUUUCAAUAGUUUUAAUGUGGAUGAUGUGUGAGCAACUUGACGUUUGUAAAUGUUUUGGGUGGUGAUGAUGAUGACAUACAUAUAUCUAAAUAUGGAUUUCAAUGUAUUUUUUUUACUAUUGUGAUCUAUUUUUAUAUUAUUAAGAAAGAAUUGGAACGCAAGUAUACAAACCACAGUUUGAAAAUAUUGACAGUACAUAAAGUCACAUCCAUUAAUGCAA